CAAAAUAUAACAUUGUCAUUUUAAUGUCAGGCCAGUCUUGUAAGGGGUCUAUACCUUUAAAAAAUGGCCCUUCCUCAGACUGGAACUAAACCUUUAACUUUUAUUCCUAGUUUGACACGUAGGGAAACUGAUGAUAUUGAGUGUGACACGUGUCGGUUAAAGGAUGUUACUCAAGAGGCACGGACUUACUGCAUUAAUUGCAAGAAAUAUAUGUGUUUUGACUGUAAACUAGAUCAUCAAAAUGCUGACUCAUCAAAAGCUCAUAUAAUUGUGCAAGACAGUGAUAUGCCAAAGGAGAGACUCCCGAAUGCAAAGGUUUCUGUGCAGUCAUGCGACAAACACGUGUACAAGAUGGUGGAAUUCUACUGUCCCCAUCACGUGACAGCUUUCUGUAAUGAGUGUAAAGAAAGUAAACAUUUUCGAUGCCACGGUGUUAAUGAUAUCAAAAGCUUAGCUAAAGGAAUAAAAAGUGGCCGUGACCUACCCAGAACUAUACAAGAGGUGAGAAAAAUGGUUCUUCAGUUUGAAAAGUUAAAGACAUACAAGGAAGCCCAAGAUGAUCGUAUGGAAGAACAACUAGUUGCUUGUUUGAAAGAUAUACAUGACCUUAGAGUUCAGGUUAAUACUGCCUUUGAUGCACUAGAAAGAAAGAUUAGAGCAGACAUUGAAACUAAAACAAAAAAGGUCGUAAAUGAAAUCCGAAAUGUUCGCAAUGAAUGCACGAAAAGAAUAGCUAUUCUUCAAGAGGAGUCAACAGAACUUGAGGCUAUUAAAGGCUCCGAUGAAACUCAAUGUUUUUUGUCGAUGGUGCAUGCGCAGAGUGUUAAGUCCGAAUGUGACGAUAUUCUCAACAAGCUUAUGAAAGAAAACAAUGAAAGACAUCUGGAAUUCGAACCGAAUCAUAAACUAGUUCAUUUCUUAAAGACGUUUGACAGUUUCGGGUCUAUUAAAACUACACUAGCGAAACCUUCUAACGCCAGCAAAGUUUUUACCCCAACACCGUUACCAUCAAUGGACCUUCCGUCUAACAUGCUGUCUACAUUGAAAGGCGGAAAAGAUCUCGUGCCAUGCGGUGAGUUCAAUAUACAUGCUCCGGAAGACACAAAAAUAUCUUGUUCAAUCACAGGGGCAACGUUUCUAGCCGACGGAAAACUGCUACUGGUUGAUAAUAGAAAUCAUAACGUGAAACUGUUUGACCAAGCUAUCCAACUUAAAUCAAAUGUAGCACUGUCAAGCCCGCCCUGUGAUAUUGCCGCUCUCAACAACAGGGAGGCCGUUGUAUCACUUCCGGAAAAGAAACAGCUGGAUUUCCUGAUCAUGGACCCGGAUCUGCGUUUAACGCGUGCAGUGAAAACCGAGACAGCUUGUCACGGGAUUUGCGUUCUAGAAAAAGGUUUGCUGGUCACGUGUUACAGUCACGGGGUGUAUGGUCUAGUUCUUCUGCUUGACAUCGAGGGAAGAGUGAAACAAAGAUUUGAUCGUGACGUAAAUGGAGACGCUCUCUUUCAAGGGCCGUUCUUCAUCGCUCCGAAUCCAAAGCGGGAUAGAUUUUAUGUGUCAGAUAAGGCGGCUAAUAAAGUGUUAGGAGUGACAACUGCUGGAAAAAUAUUAUUUAGGUAUCAUUCAAAGGAUUUGGAGGCACCUGGUUACAUCACCGUGGACAAGGAAGGGGCUUUGUUUGUAUGUGGUCGUGAUUCCAAAAAUAUACACAUGGUCAACUCUCACGGUCGCAAAAUCAAAAUAUUCUCAGCAGACGAUGAAAUGGAAGGAAGCGCCAUCUGUUAUCGCGCGUCUGAUGGUCUGUUUGUAUUGUGUAGCCAUAAUUCGGAUAGAAUUCGGACUUAUAAAUUACUGUGAAUUAUAGUCUCUGACUUUUGUAAAGUUUGAAUCAGAGCAAACGGAUUUUUGGUAUAUUAUGGACGAAAAACCAAAACAAAAAUGAUGUCCUUAAAUGACUAUAAAACUAUUUCAAAUAUCGUGUGUUAAAAAAUCAAAAUAUUGACCAUAAAUACGGUUUGGCUAGGUUUCAUUUAAGUUUUAACAAAAAGAUAAAAUUUGGUUUCAAAUUUGAUACAAAAAAUGGUUAACUGUUUUAAACAAAAAUCCACCUGUCAUCACA